AUGUGGUCCAAGCGGAGUGUCCUUCUGCGGCACCUGGGGGGCCUGCUGCGCCCUGCGGUGCGCGCUGCGCCGAAGAGCAUCGCGAGCGCAUCGUGUUCAGCGCAUAUCCCUCGAGUUCGUACGCUCGCCACGCAGCCGGUCGAGCCGCUCACGUCGCUUCCCCAAGUCGAGUCAUCGCCGAAAAGCGUCGCGAUCACCUGGCCGAGCGGCACCACGAGCCGCUUCCACUACCUGUGGCUUCGCGACCACUGUCGCUGCGCCGAGUGCUACCAUGCUACGACCAAGCAGCGGCUGCUGGACACGUUCCAGAUCCCUACCGGCAUCCAGCCGGAGCGCAUGAGCGCCACGCCGGACGGACUCCACGUCGUGUGGGGUAACGAGCAGCACACCUCCGUCUUUCCGUGGCAGUGGCUCAUGCGGCAUGCGUACUCCGCGCCGAAGCAGGCGCCGUCGGGGGAGCUCACGUUUGGGACGUCGGGCGUCGGCGCCGCGUCGCACGGCUACGGCAAGACCGUGUGGGGUAGCGAGAUUGCCUCGGUGCGUCCUACGGUCGAGUACGAAGGCGUGAUGGAGUCGGACGACGUCCUGCUCGACUGGCUGAACAACAUUGACCGCUACGGCUUUAGCUUCGUGUCCGGCAUGCCUACGACGCCGGAAGCAACCGAGGCCGUGAUCCGGCGCAUCGCCUUCAUUCGCGAGACGCACUACGGCGGCUUCUGGGACUUUACGUCGGACCUCGCGCACGGGGACACGGCGUACACAGACAUUGCGCUCGGUGCGCACACCGACACGACCUACUUCACCGACCCGGCGGGCCUCCAAAUGUUCCAUCUCUUGCACCACUAUUCCAAGGACCAGACCGACUUCCGCGACAAAUACACGGGCACGCCGCUGGGCGGCAGCUCGCUCUUGGUCGACGGCUUCUACGCCGCACAGCAGCUGCAUGCGCGUCACCCAGAGCUCUACAAUGUGCUGCGUACGACGCGCCUGCGUGGCCACUCGGCAGGCGACGAAGACACGCUCAUUCUCCCGCUGCUCCCGAGUGGGUACACGGUGUUUGAGCACGACCCUCUUUCGAACGACCUCGUACUCGUGCGCUACAACAACAGCGACCGCAGCGUGCUCCAGGUCGACGAGGACAAGGUCGAGGCCGUGUACGAGGCGCUGCGGGCGUGGAACGCCAUCAUCACCGAUCCCGGCACCGAGUACUGGUUCCCGCUGCAGCCGGGCACCGGCAUGAUCUUUGACAAUCACCGCGUGCUGCACGGGCGCUCGCAGUUUGUCGGCAGCCGCCGCCUGUGUGGUGCGUACGUGCCGCACGACGACUACCGCAGCAAGCUGAGCGUCCUGCGCAACAGAAAAAUGCACGACACGCGCAGCGUGUGGGACGAGGGGUUGUGA